AUGAAGAGCCACAGUGGAUCGGAGAGGAAAGCAGGGGAUGCCAAAGGUAAGCAGGCGGCGUCGGUGGUGUCUCUUACCGGCACCGAGUCCACGACAGGCGGGCGGACGAGGAAGAAGCGGAAGGGCCCCUCCACACACUCGGUACGCAGGUGUGAGUCGACCCGCCCGUCCUCCAGCAUCCCCCGCCCUCCCUCUAGUAGGAGAGUCACCAGCAGCCACCACAGGAAAUGUCGCAGUAGUUCGCACAGCGCUCCGUCCAAGUCGUCCGUGCCUAAACACGGAGCUACGGAUUCAACAACAAAAACAACAACAAACUCUUCCACUUCGGUUAAAAGGAAGAAAUCCGCCAGGAAAACGUCUGUGCAGAGCGCCAAGGUUAAGAGAAGUACCAGAGAUGACAAGAAGCGUGUUUCUACUGCAUUACCAUCACGGGAGAACACAGUAACCCCUGACAGCAGUCUUGAGUCUGUGGUAAGAGUGGAGUAUAUUCAUAUUGCUCACACGCAUGGUGGUGAGGAACAAGAGGUUCAGCCACCGGAGGAAAGUUCCACACACUCGGUACACAGGUGUGAGGCGACCCGCCCGUCCUCCAGCAUCCCCCGCCCUCCCUCCAGUAGGAGAGUCACCAGCAGCCACCAUAGGAAAUGUCGCGGAACGUCACACAGCGCUCCGUCAAAGUCGUCCGUGCCUAAACACGGAGCUACGGAGAUAACAGCAACAACUUCUCCGGUAGCGAGGAACAAGAGGUUCAUACACCUGAGGAAAGUUUUCCUUGCGAAGUCGAAACCUGCAAAGCACUGGCAGGCACAGGUGGCGCUAACAAUGACAACAGCGCCGCGGUCAAGUACGGUGAAGAAGGUGGGAACGAUCCGGUCAUGGUCGGAAGAAACCAGUCAGAAGAUGGGCGUGACCACGACAAGGGGAGGGAACCGGUUGCCCGUCUCCCCAAGAAUGACGUGCCCAAAUCGCCGUCACUAA